AAAACGCAGAGGUAGAAGAAGACGACAUUUAUUUGCUGUUUGGAUUGCUUCUUAAUCAAAACAUUGUGGUUAUUUUUUGUUGUUGCUGCUGCCUCUGGCCAUUGUCAGUUUAUUGUCAUUUAGUAAGCCAUUUAAAAAAAGUAUAGCUGACGACUCUACAAACGCUCAGAGUUGUGGUCAUCAAGCGCAGAUUUAAUAGAUAGAAGCAACCAUCCUCUAGCCAACCAAUCAACCAACCAACCAACCAACCAACCAACCAACCACCAACCGGUCCGCUGUCAAUCACUUGCAGCCGAUAAACGCUUAGCUCGGGGAGCAAAAACAUACAUACAAUUGGUUUUUAAUUCGUGCCGGCUCGCUGGCUGGUUGUCUGUCUGUCUGGUGGCUAUACUUUUGCGCUUGGUACUCUCCCUAGCGCAAAUCAUUCGCUCAUCAGACUUCGCCGGCUACGCGCGUAUAAAAAUCAUAACGCGCAUCGCAGAUAUAUUUAUUUCAUCGUCAGUCAAUCUUUGUGCUUCUUCUUCUUCUGCUUCUGCAUCUUGAAACGUUUCCUUUUGUUUGGUAUUAUCGUUUAAUUCGAUUCGAUUUUGCUGUUUUGUGCGCGCGCAGUGCAAAAAUUGCUCAUUUCGUUGUUGUUGCUGUUGUUUUUGUGAUUGGUGUCGGUGCGCUACUGCUUUGGUUGACUUGAAUUUGUUUGCAUUGUGUCUUCGUUGUAGUUGUUAUUGUUGUUGUUGUCGAAGGAGGACGCGCGCGUUUUCUUGUAGUGUAUCAUUUCUAUAUUUAACAGCCAACCAGUCGUCGUUUGUUGUUGUUUUUAUUGCUGGUUGCUAUACCUCUGCAAUAGCAGAAAAAAGUGGCUGUUGCUCAAGUGUUUGGUAGUGGUGGUGUGCAGCUUGUACUUCUUCUUCUUCUUCGUAGCAGCUUGCAGCGAAAGGCGAAAAAACGCCUUAAAAAUCUCACAAAAGCAAUGCAAGAAAAAUGUCAACGGCAACAUAGUUAAGUGAAUUGAGCAGCGCCUGCAACAUAAAAUAACGGUAUAAAGUGACGCCAGUGAGAGAGCGAGAGAGUGCAAGCCAGCGAGCGGCUGCAACACGCCUAACAAGUGACAAUAAAUCAGCAACACUGCUCUACUGUCCAUCGACAAGCGACUGCGAGACAAAACGAUGGCUUUACAUGCCACCAAAUCAUGCAACAGCAGCAGCUGCACCGCCGCAAUGACCGCAAAUAAACCGUUAGCACCAACAAAAACCACAGUUAAGCUGUUAAAUGGCAUUAGUGGGGAGGGUAGUGGUGGCGCUUCUCCUAGCAAGAGCUUUGUGGGCAGCUCUAAAAGUUGCCAUAAUUCAAGCAACAAUGUUGAGCAGCUUUUCAAUUCGGCCUUGAAGGCAUUACAUUUGCCGCAAUGUGUUGGUGGUGGUGGCGGCAAGAAAGUGGCUGCCAAAGUGAAAACAAAUGGUGAAUUGACGUUGGUUAGUAAGCAGCGUGCGAAAAAUAUUAGCGCCGAUGAGGCGGAUGACAUUGAGGAUGGCCACGACGAGAAGGCGGUAGAGGACGCAGAUGAGCAGACGGUGCAGCUGCGUUGCGCCUGUCCGGCAGCAUGUAACAAUGAGAAAGGCAAUAAGGCAAAUAAUAAAAAUACAACCAUGACCGUUACAACCACCUUCCGCAGCAGCAGCACCUCGGCGCUCAUGCCAGCCGGUCACUUGCGCCCACAAACGCUGAAUGUGCACCAUUUGCGCGAGACGCCAUCGGAUCAAACGCAGCUAUUCUUUCGAGAAGUGCUAAAUGCUUGGCGUGCCAAAGCGCGUUGCAAUGUCGUGCCGGCGGAGCGUACACAGGAGCUCUUUCAUGAGCUGAGUUUUCAUCCGAGUGAGAAGCAAAUCACCGAAAUGCUGCAGACUGCCAAAUUGUUGGCCCGCAAAGGCAGCCGUCAGUCGAAUGGUCUCACAUUUGGUGAAUUCUGUGUGCUGGCAGCUGAUCUAAAACGCUUUCGCGCAUCGACGUUCUCGCCAUCGAUCUGCGACAAGGUGAAUCUAUUGAGCUCUCUACAGUCAGAAAGUAAUGACAAUAGCCGUGCCGGUGGUGGUGGCCUCUUACCUUAUGUCGAGGCCAAUAAUGGCAGCGCCUGCGCUGCAUCGACAUCAACGGGCACCGAACUGCGUAGUACAAAAUCCUUAAGUAAUGUCGGAGACUGCAAACGAAAAUUGUCAAAGGGCGUUGCCAAUGAUACAUCGGCACCAGUCGAGGUGUUCCUAGGCGGUUCGUGUAAUCCCACCACCUGGCGUGCCGAUGUGGCGAUACCAGCGUUGAAAGAACUUGGUAUUUCCUUCUAUAAUCCACAAGUAUCUGAUUGGACGCCUGAUCUCAUUGAGCUGGAACAUCGUGCCAAAGAAAAGGCGCGUGUUUUGUUCUUCGUUAUGGACUCGGAGACGCGCGCAUCUGCUGGUGCCAUUGAGGCGGCACAUAUAGCGGGUCAAAACUGCAAGCAGCUGGUGUUGGUACUACAUCCAUAUAAACGUAAUCAAUCGAUUCUCAAAGAGCAAAUAUCCCAGCAAGAAUACAUUGACCUCCGGCGCAAUCAGUUAAUAUUGAAGGAAUUGGUCACACGUCGCGGCCUGCCAGUUAUGGACGAUAUACCAUCGGGUCUGCAGCGCACCAAAGAUAUUUUGGCUGGCAUUAGAGACCCACCCUCGAAUAUAGCAUCGAUUUUAGUUGUAGUACGCGGCGCCUUCGACCGUGUGAAUCCAGUGGAUGGUGUAAUCACUGUGGCACAGUGUCAACGCGCUCUCUUAUACUUAGGUUACGCUCAGAGUCUAGUUAAAUUAGACAAUUUAAAUAAGAUAAUAGCUUCACAGCGUGAAACGCUAGAAACGCUUGAAAAGCGCAGUACAAAAUCGAGUGCUCAGCAGGAGACUAUUAGCAGUAGCAGCAGCAGCAGCGGCGGCAAUGCCAAUGCCACCAAGAAAAGCUCAUCCUCGUCGUCGACGUCAUCGUGUAACUCGGACACACCGACCGCUUCGGUAACCGAAUCGGCUGAUGUCCAUUUCGAUUUGUUCUGCGUGAUUUCCGCAUAUCUGUCGGUGUUGCAGCAAGAAAUUCAAGAAAGUGGCUGCAUCUCGCCCAUAAAGGGCACAAAUGUGCCACCACCGCCUGUCUAUCUUACGAAUAUGCAGGGUGACGAAAGCAACUUUGCCAUCAGUUACUUUUCCAGCAAAAAUAUUUCGCGUACCUCGAGCCAAACUAGCGUGCCGGGCAGCGAUGAACGCCACAGCAGCAACGAUUUAUUGAGUCGUAGUCGCGAUAGUGGCACUUCCUCGCCACAACCGCUGGACCAGCCGCAAAAAUCACGUUCGGGGGUACAGUUAGGUAAAGCAAAAACAAAAAUUCUUGUCAACAUCGAAUCCAUAGAAACAACCGAAAUAACAACAACCAUUCAAACUGCUCACACACCACCGACACCACCCACUACUUCUACUACGACCGCCACAGCUUAUCCCAGUUUGAGUGCACACACAACAGCACAUGCGCUUACGCAAAACAACGCUAAUGCUACCGCCGCCGCCCAAAUGCAUUCCGCGCUCGUGGGCAUGGAUAGCAGCGUGGCAGCAGAAGAGGAGAGUGAUUCGAAUGACUCCGUAUUCUCGUCGAGUAGCUCCAUUAAUUCGGUGAAUUGUAAUUAUGGCGGCAACGAAACGCUUACCUUCUCGGGCGUAGAUUUUCGUGACGUUUAUUUGGGCGGAAGUUGCUUUUUGCGCACCAAAUGGCGUCAAGACAUCGCUAUGCCGUACCUGAAGUCCAAAGGCAUCACCUUCCACUUGCCGGCGCUGCACGAGAGCUUGCAAUCAUCGCAGCUGGACUUGCCAGACAAAGUAUUCGAAGAUGCGCGGCAGCUGGGCGCACAGGAGACAUCGCUAAAACGUACGCGCCGGAAAUAUCGUGGCGCUGCGCUAGAAGAAGAAGAAGAGGAAGAGUUAACUGUGUCUGAAGAGACUUACAGCUGGGCGUUGCCACCGAUGCGGGCGAGCCUUUACAACCCCGCGCUCUUGGAUGCCAGUCGAGUGCUGCUGUUUGUCAUCACGAAUGAGACACGUUCGCUGGCGCCCAUGACGCUGGCGGCGCAUUGCAUUGGACUGAUGUACAAUGUGGUUUUGGCAGUGCAAAUGUUGCCCGAAGAUUGUGUGAUAAACAAUGAAAAGCUCACUGCGGCCGCCAUCAAAGACUACAAUCGCGGCCGUUCGUAUCUAAUCGAUUUGGCCAAACGUCAGGGUGUGCCGGUGUUCAACGAUUUGAAGGCAGCUUUGGAAUGUACUGUGGAUAAGGCAAAAGCGUGUAACUCCAGAGGCAGCCGUUAUGAUUGAAUGCGAUCAUCGACUACAAGUAAUGCACGCACACACUCACACACACGCGCACUUGCAUCAUCUGUAAAUACAUAGAGAAAUGCAUAACUGGAGUAUGUCAGCAUUUUGUGCGCGCCGCUCUACCGCUCUAUCGCUUUACCCACACACACACACCCACAUACACACACAUCCACACAUCCGCACGUACAUACGACGAGUACCUACUAUAUGGGCAGCAGAUUUUAGCAGAAUUUUCAACUACAUUUACUAUGCAUAUAUCGAUCAAUAUACAUAUAUACAUAUAGUAACGCAAAUUCCGCGCGAAAUCAACCUUUACUUAACUACAUUUGUAAUAGUUUAAUGUUUUUAUUUAAAUGAUGAAGCUCCAAUUCUAUGCAACAUAGUUACUUAGCUAUUAAAUGAAGAUUUAACGCCUAUGCGUACAUUUUGUGCGCGUCAGAUGACGUAACUGCGUCAAGCGUCAAGCGCCAAGCUACUAAUUCGUACUGUCUAAGCCUUUGAAUAAUUUAAUUUAAUUUAAUUACUUGUGUUAUACAUAUAAACACACACACACAUAUAUAUAUAUAUGUAUAAUGAUAAUCGUCUUAAACAUGCCUGUAUAUACAAUGCAAACACAAACAAAAACAAAA